AUGGUGCGAGGGUUCCCGUCGAGCCCUCUUUGCGGGCGAUGUCUACUGCAGACUCGUCGCCAGCUUUCUCUUAACCAGAUACGCCACAGCCAUUCGAAUCCUCCACCACCACCCCAGUCCGGCUAUUCACGUCUCACCAAUCGAUCCCUCAUCUCCCUCUCCGGCAUCGAUAGCACGAGUUUCCUCCAGGGCCUAAUAACGCAAAAUCUUGCUGUGCCGAAGAACUCUCCACCCGUGACCUCCCCAUUCUACGCAGCGUUCCUUAAUUCCCAGGGCAGAAUCCUAAACGAUGUCUUCAUUUAUCCGUCCCAUGCGGCCAAUUCGGCGUCUUCAGGUGAAUUGGAAAUGGAAUAUUUAAUUGAGGUUGACAAGGAGCACGCCGCAAGCUUGCUGAAACAUUUCAAGAGGCACAAGCUUCGUUCGAAGUUGAAAUUUCGGGCGCUUGAUGAAGGGGAGCGAAGUGUUUGGGCGCUAUGGGAUGAAGGAAACGUAUCUACCUGGCAAGGAGGCGAGGCUAUUGGAGAAAACAAUGCCAUUGCAUGCCUGGAUAAUCGAGCGCCAGGAAUGGGACACAGGCUUAUUGCCAGUGGGGACGAAUUGCAGGCACCGAUCAAGGAAGUUCUUCCUGGUGACGAGGCGUCAAUGCAAACAUAUACCUUACGUCGAAUACUACACGGCGUUGCGGAGGGACAGGCUGAGAUGGUUCGAGAAUCAGCCCUACCGAUGGAUAGUAAUGUUGAUAUCAUGAAUGGCAUUGACUUCCACAAGGGCUGCUAUGUGGGCCAAGAACUAACCAUCCGUACGCACCAUAGGGGUGUAGUACGCAAGCGAAUCCUGCCUGUUCAACUUUACGGCCCUGACCAAGCGUUGCCGAAUUCAGAUGGCCCAGUCUAUAUUCCGGAUACCAACCUGCUUUUACCACCCGCCGGAGUUGAAGCCAAUAUUUCUAAGGUUGGCGCAAGGAAGGGUAGAAGCGCUGGAAAAUUCCUAACAGGAAUUGGAAAUGUUGGGUUGGCUGUGUGCCGACUAGAGAUGAUGACUGAUGUUGCCCUGACUGGAGAGUCGACUCAGUAUGAUGCUAGCCAUGAGUUCAAGAUUUCUUGGGACGCCACUGAGGGUGAAGGCGUUGAGGAUGGGGGUGAGACUAAGGUCAAGGCCUUUAUCCCCCCAUGGAUAAGGGAAUAUAUUGUUAGCGGAGGUGCACGGCAUCGCCAGCCGAGAGGGCAGAAGAAGUCCGAUAAAGAUAUGGAGGAGGUGGAAGAGCAAGGUUAG